CCCAUUGUUCUCCAUUAUUCUUUGAGAUCUUUAAGGCGGGAGCUAAGCUGGACGUGGAAGAAGGGGAAGCCACGGAGAAAUUUGAGAAAUGCGGGGCGACGAAGCCAGAACCUUGCUUGGGUUCUCUCCUGGUUCCCGUCCGUCUUCUUCUCAGGUUAAAGAAGCUUACAAGAGGAUGGUCUGGGAUACUCAUCCUGACCUCUUCCCUGCUCAUCAAAAGCCUCAGGCCGAGUCCAAAUUCAAACUGAUUUCCGAAGCUUAUUCAUGCCUUCUAUCCGGUUCCAGAAAUGGAGAUUCACAUUCAGCUACAUAUGAAAGAGUUGUUAGAAGGGGAGUUCCUGUUUCACAUGGAGGAAGACGAAACCACGCUUUAAUCAAGCUUCCAUUUCUGUUACUCAUUCUGGGUACUGUGUCACUAGGAGGAUUAAAUGUUUCGAGGGCUUACAAGAGGCAGAAGGAAAUGUAUCCUUCUCACAAUCCUUUUCUUCCUUGAGGCCAAGAAUGAUGUAAAAAGCAAAAGUUUCAGAGGUUAUGUUUGUUGAUGCUAUUGGAAAAAGAGGAAGGAAUAAGAAGACAGAUGAUGGUUGCGAAGUUACAUAGCCCAAGUUGAGUGUAAAUUUGUUAGGAUUUUCUACACAUAUGUAAUACAGGUAAAGCUUCUUUUGUUAUUUGAUAAGUGUGGACAAGACAAUUUAUAUAUAUAGUCAGAGAGGGUUAUAAUUUAA